AUGCGACCCCUAUGGAUUGUUUAUCAGAAUUCAGUCAUAAAUGGGGACGAUAUUAACAUGAUUUUCAAGAACGGUGACGAUUUUCGGUAGGAUAUGCUCACAUUGCAGAUGCUGCGAAUCAUGGAUCGAAUCUGGAAAAGUCAUGGAUACGAUUUUCAAAUGAAUCCGUACAGCUGUAUCAGUACCGAUCGCCGGUUGGGGAUCAUUGAGGUAGUGCUUAUUGCCGAAACUAUAGCUAACAUGCAGAAGGCGAAGGGAAUGUUUCCAUUCAAGAAGAGUCCCCUGUUAACGUGGCUCAAAGAGCACAACACAACGGACGCAAUGCUGGCAAAAGUAAUACAGGAAUCCACGCUAUAUUAUACAGGCUAUUGUGUCGCAACGUACGUCUUAAGAGUAGCCGAUCGGCAUUCCGAUAACAUUAUGGUGAAAAAGACUGGUCAGCUGUUCCAUAUCGAUUUCGGCCACAUCCUCGGCCAUUUCAAGGAAAAGUUCGGUUUCCGUCGAGAACGGGUACCGUUCGUGCUGACACAUGAUUUCGUUUAUGUGAUCAAUAAGGGUCGAACGGACCGAGAAGCUCACGAGUUUCGACAGUUUCAGUAUCUUUGCGAAGAGGUGUUUUUAAUUAUAAGAAAGCACGGUUGUCUAAUCGUAUCACUGUUUGCCAUAAUAAUCUCGACUGGUCUACCCGAGCUGUCUUCGGAGACGGAUGCGCGCGAACAUUUCAAGUCAAAGUUCAGUGAAGCCUUGACCAACUCGUGGAAAACGUCGCUCAACUGGGCUUCGCACAACUUCUCCAAGAACAACAAACAGUGACAGUUGCGUUACAAUCUCACCAUGUAAGCCCAUCAAGGGACGAAACAGUGAUUUCAUCGACCGUUUCCCGUUACUGCUGGAAAGAAAUUGGUAGAAUAUUGCUUUCAAAAUCGUGGAU